AAAAUAUUGAUCUUGCUACUGUUGGGUAGUGUUGUGUUGUGCUAAUCCUAUUCACAGUGUUAGUGUUAGUCUUUCUCUCUCUUUCUUUUGGAUCACCGAUCUCAUCUCAGAUAUGUCUACAUCUGAUAACCCGGAAGUGGUGGAAAGAGGUACUAAGGAUGAAAAGCACAAGGGAGAUGAUAAAGAGGAAGAGAAAGGUGGAUUUAUUGAGAAGGUGAAAGAUUUCAUUCAAGACAUUGGUGAGAAGAUCGAGGGAGCUAUUGGGUUUGGGAAGCCAACUGCAGAUGUUAAAGGGAUUCAUAUUCCAUCAAUUAAUCUUCACAAGGCAGACCUUGUUGUUGAUGUGCUCAUAAAGAACCCGAAUCCGGUGCCAAUCCCUCUGAUUGACAUUAAUUACUUGGUUGAGAGUGAUGGAAGGAAACUGGUUUCCGGAUUGAUACCGGAUGCAGGUACCAUCCAUGCACAUGGAGAGGAGACUGUCAAAAUUCCUCUUACUUUGAUUUAUGAUGACAUCAAGCAAACAUAUGCUGAUAUUAAACCCGGAAGCAUCAUUCCUUAUAGGGUGAAGGUUGAUCUCAUUUUUGAUGUUCCUAUCUUGGGAAGGCUGACUUUACCUUUGGAGAAAACUGGUGAAAUCCCCAUACCAUACAAGCCUGAUAUUGAUCUUGAGAAGAUUCAUUUUGAAAGGUUCUCUUUCGAAGAGACGGUUGCAAGUCUUCAUUUGAAAUUGGAAAACAAGAAUGAUUUUGACCUGGGCCUCAAUGCACUCGAUUAUGAGGUCUGGCUUGGUGAUGUUAGCAUUGGAGGUGCAGAACUCACCAAAUCUGCAAAAAUUGAGAAAAGCGGAAUUUGUUACAUUGAUCUUCCAAUUACCUUCAGGCCCAAGGAUUUUGGCUCUGCCCUUUGGGACAUGAUUAGAGGAAGGGGCACGGGUUACUCCAUGAAAGGAAAUCUUGAUGUUGACACUCCCUUUGGAGCAAUGAAAUUGCCUAUCAGCAAAGAAGGUGGUACUACCCGUCUUAAGAAAAAUAAGGAAGAUGGUGGUGACGACGACGACGAUGAGGAUGAGGAUUGAAGAACUGUAGCAAGUUAUUACUAGCUGUUAUUUUUAUAUGCAGCGUAUGUCCAUUAGAAAGUUAAAUAAAAUGGGACUUGAACCUAAAGGCAUUGCUUUCUUAGUUAUGAUGGCCUUUCAUGUAUCUUGAGAGAUAAAGUUGACAUUUGAAUCAUUUAGUAUAGUAUUUUAGUGAAUAUAUGCUGCAGUCUGGCGGGGGUCUUUCUCUUGAAACCGUGUUCUAGUACGAGUACUUGAUGGAUGAUCAUGACAUAUGGUGCUACCUUUUGGGGGAGAUAAAUGAUCAUUUGCCAAUUUUUACAGUUUCAAAUUUAUUUGCCUUGGAAAUUUGCGUCUGUGUGUUUUGAAGUUGACAAUUCAGCAUCCCUUCUUUUGAAGGAAUCUCUUUGGUUUUUAUUAGACUGUUGCGCACACCAGUAUAAAAACUCCACUUUAGCCAUUCUCCUAAUCUUAAUCUCUCCCUUCUAUUUGUAAGCGAGGAAACAUAAAGUUUUAUGAUCUGUUUUUCUUUCUUCAUUUUUCUUUUCGCUUUUAAUUAAACUGAGCAUGUACCAGCCAACAUAAUGGCAUAUAAAAGCUUUUGUAUGAAUUGACCCCCAUCCCGGUCUCAGUAUUAAAGCAAAAGCUAUAUUGGCUUC